AUGAUCAACCUAGAGCUUUUGAGAUUUGAAGGUGUCCCUCAAUCUACUAUUUCCAAGUUUCUAAUCGCAAAACCUAGAGCAUUUACGGGAGAUUCUGAUAAAUUUAAAACGAUUGUGGAAAAGAUUAAAGGAAUGGGUUUCAAUCCUUUACUAACAACAUUUGUUGUAGCUGUACGGGGAUUGGUAGGAAUGAGUGAAGCCACUUGGAAAUCUAAAGUGGAUGUCUACAAGAGAUGGGGUUGGUCUGAAGAUCAAAUUCAAACAGCAUUUAGGAAAAGUCCAUAUUGUAUGAUGUAUUCGGAGAAGAAGAUUACAGCAGUGAUGGAUUUCCUGGUGAAUGAAGUUGGUUAUAAUUCAUUGAAUAUUGCUGAAAACCCAAGGAUUUUUGAUAAUAGCUUGAAGGACAGGAUUAUUCCUAGGUGCUUUGUUAUCAGAAUUUUAGUCUCAAAGGGUCUGAUUAAGGAGAAAAGUUCUUUGACAUCACUUUCAACAAUGACAGAUAUGUCAUUUUCGAAGAUGUUUGUAAAACCGUAUGAGAAACAAGCUCCUGAGCUAACGAAACUUUUGGAAAUUGUAGACAUGCAUAUUGAAAGUAGCUGUCGUGUUUCUGUAUGGAGACAUGUAUCUGUGUCUUGUCAGAGAACUAAUGUUUUGAACCCUCCAUAUAUGAGGCCUCCUCGUCCUAUUACAGAUUGCAGCUAG